CGCUUCCGCCUCGUUGUCCCGCCGUCAUAGGCUCGCGCGGUUGCGAGGGAGAAGCCGCUGGCGGUUGUCGGCCCUGGGUGAUGGAGUUCGAUCCCGGCGAGGUGCUGCUGCUGGUGGUCGCGAUUGCCCUCACCGUCUUGCUCCUGCUGUUGUUCACCGCACACGUGACUGCUAUUAAAAUGCCAAACGUCAGUCUUGGAGAGACAGAAAAAUUCUUUUUAAGUCCAAAUUCUGGCAGGAAGGAGUUAUUCCCAAGUAUUCAUGAUCCUCCCACAAAAGGACUGUCUGUCAUUGUUCCAUCUUAUAAUGAAGAAGAAAGGUUACCUUUGAUGAUGGAUGAGGCUUUAGAAUAUUUGGAACAAAGACAGAGGAAAGACUCCUUAUUUUCCUAUGAAGUGAUUGUUGUAGAUGAUGGCAGUAGAGAUGAAACAACAAAGGUUGCGCUGAAUUAUUCCAAGGCAUAUGGAUCUGAUAAAGUCCGUGUAUUAACAUUUGUUAAAAAUCGUGGGAAAGGUGGAGCUGUUAAAAUGGGUGUGUUGAAAUGCCGAGGGAAAUACAUCUUAAUGGCUGAUGCUGAUGGAGCUACGAAGUUUGCUGAUAUUGAAAAAGUAGAAGCUGGUUUGAAAGAUCUCCAGCCAUGGCCUGAUAACAUGGCUAUCUCGUGUGGGUCUAGGGCUCAUUUGGAAAAGGAAGCAAUAGCCAAACGUUCCUAUUUUCGAACUCUACUCAUGUAUGGUUUCCAUUUUUUGGUGUGGUUUCUGUGUGUAAGAGGAAUAAAGGAUACACAGUGUGGCUUUAAGCUUUUGACUCGAGAAGCAGCUCAAAGGACAUUCUCAACAUUGCAUGUAGAUCGCUGGGCUUUUGAUGUGGAACUCCUCUACAUUGCCCAGUGUUUAAAGAUUCCAGUUGCCGAAGUUGCUGUGCAAUGGACAGAAAUAGAGGGAUCAAAGUUAGUUCCAUUCUGGAGUUGGUUACAAAUGGGUAAAGAUCUUCUCUUCAUUCGCUUACGUUACCUCACGGGUGCCUGGAAUGUGGAAAUGCCCAAAAAAGUCAACUAAAUUAUUGCACUGUAUCUUUUCGUGAAGAUGAAAGGACAUAUAUCAUUACUGAAAUAUAAUCAAGGGACAUGGUGGACACACAAUGUUUUAUGAUGGAUGGUAAAAUAUUUUGUUCUUUCUGCAUACAUAUUGCAGUAUUUUCUUUGUUUUUCUACAUUGCAUCCUGGUGAAUAAAGUGAAAACUUUCUAUCUAGGUUGUAUUUUUGGUUAAGUCGAAGAUAAAAUGUCGUGAAUGACCAGACUGAGACAGCCGAAGGAUUAUGUUUGAGUAAUGGUUUACUGGUUUUGUCUACAAUAUUAUUACAAGGAAGUAUUUUGGUUUACCUCAGACUGUAAAUGAGACUACAUUAGCAAAAUGUACAUUUAUGAUGUGUAUUUAAUGGAUAUCCUUAUAAAUACUUUCUUUGGUGUUUUAUGGUUGUCAGAUGGCAGGAAAUUGCCAUACCAGAUUAUUGAUGAGACAUGGGGUAAAUGAUUAACUCAUUAUGUUUGUUCUUAUUUCUUUCAAUUGUUUUGUAUAUGGAUGCUUCAGUUUUAUCAUUAAUUCUGGAGCAGUUUUGAUUCCUAAGCGCAAUUUUCAAUGGCUAAGAUGGAAAGCCAGUAUAAUGAUACUUGUAUUAAUGGAGGGUUGCUGCAAUGGUUGAUUCAUAGUUAGUUUUUAUUUGAAAAACCAGAACUUAUCUGAAGUCCUUAAACUUGAAUUAAUAUUUUAUUCACGUACUUUAAUUAAAAGUUACAUUUGUAAAACA